CCUUUAAUGUAGCUGACCUAGUUACGUAUAGACGUAUGAACUAUGACCUUCAGUUGCUGCCUAUGCGUGAUGUGCGAGAGCAGAUUCAUAUUGUGAUUAAAGAAAUUCCAUUUUAGUUGAAGACAGUAUGGCAGAAGGCGGAUCUGAUCAGAACCGACAGUACAGUCAUUCCUUGCAAGGCCUUUUGCAAAUGGCUGUGGCUGCAGGGACUACAGCACCUGAGGCUUCUGGAACCAUGCAGCAAAUGUCUGAAGAGCAGAAAAAGUGGCUACAGGAAGCCAUUGCUGAUGCUUUUAAAGGCCAGUUGGAUGAAAUCCAGCAAAUAAAGGCAAGCUUGGAAAUUUUAAAGAAGGAUACAGAAACUGUAGAAGAAGAUGAAGAAGAUGAAGAGAAGGCAAAUGCCCUGGAUUUGAUUUCAGAUUUGUGCGAGAACUUGGAUAAUGCCUCUGAUUUUUGUAAAUUGGAUGGAAUGCGACUCAUUGUUGAACGUUACCUUGAUUGCCCAGAAUCAGAACUACGCUGGCGGGCAGCACAUCUGGUGGGGACCUGCAGUCAGAAUAACCCAUCUGUUCAAGAACAUGUACUUAGUCUUGAAACAAUGACACGACUUAUCAACCUGUUAGACCAGGAUGCUUGUGAAUUGGUGCGAAUUAAGGCCCUUUUUGCCAUUUCUUGUCUUGUCAGGGAGCAGGAAUCUGGGCUUCGUAAAUUCCUUGAUCAGGAUGGCUUCUCUGUCCUCAUGCGAGCUAUGCAAAGUAGCAUUUCAAAACUGAAGGUGAAAGCUGCCUUUCUUCUGCAGAACAUACUGAUAAGCCAUCCAGAGCAGAAAGAAGUUCUUUGUUCCAUGGGAAUGGUGCAACAACUAGUUGCUCUUUUGCGCACUGAACACGAAUCCUUUCAUGAGCAUGUUCUAGGUGCCCUCUGCAGAUCAGUACUUUGCACUGGAAGUGUGUAUCUUGGUUUGGAAUGCAGGCCGUGUAUGAAAGCAGAAGGCAGUUUCAUGACCCAUACAAAACAGCCUGGUAGCAGACUUCCCUCGUGGCAUGGCAGAGUGUCAGGAACCAGAAUUGGGUCUAGAAAAGUUGCUUUCAGAAAGGAAAGAACUCCUUAAGAACCAGGAGGAAUUUCAGGAGGAGUUAAAUUUCUGUGAAGAACUGUUCCAGAUAUGUUUCUGUGGACACCAAGAUGAUGGCUUCAUGGAUCGGUGAUUGUCCAACUUAUUGUCUGUUGGCCUUUGGAUGUGAACAGCUGGCCACAGAGAAUCCUGUGCUUAGGAAAGACAGUAUCUUUUGAGCAAACACACAUUGAUCAGUAUAUGCUUCUUACCGUGUAAGGAUUCAACAGUUUGCUAAAAGAAAAAUUUUGAUUGUAUAUGGGCAGCAGUAAACAGGCUGAAAGGUUAAACAUGACACUUUUGAAUAAACAUGUCCAUUAAUAUUUGACGGGGCGUGUUUGUGUGCCUGUAUUGUGUUCUUAUUGUGUGCUGUAUAAUAUGUAUAAUGCUUAAUAAAGACUUAAACAAGUCUGA